ACCCAGUGCCUAUGUGGAGAGCCGACCCAGACGCGCGCUCACUUCCUCGAAUCCUGCCCACUCUACGAGACCCACCGUAACCUCCUCCGCAUCAAGGAACGAUCCUCAGAGAUUGUCCUCUGCGACGUCCUUGGCACCGAAAACGGCAUCGCUGCCCUGAUCAAGUUCCUGAAGGUUUCCGACGCCUUCAAGAAG